CUUUCGUGCCUAUUCUUAUUUCUUGCAACAAAUUAUCCUCGUCGUUGCUUCAGCUCAUCACACCUUCUUUAUCAACUUCUAUUCUUCAACUCUUGGAUCUUUCAUCUCUUAAACCCUUAGCUUGCUUUCCCGACUCCCAUCCAUUUCUUUAAACAUAAUCUGCCUCCGAUUAAGAUUCUUCUUCCUCUUGAACAUCCUCCGAUAUUAAUCCUUACACUCUGGCUCUUCGCCCUUUACCACUUCUUACUCUUUCACCACUUUGGUUUCUUCCUUCUCCGAUUGUCUCCAUAAUUCCUCCUUUAUGAUUCUUCGAUUUCUUCUCCAACAUCUCACUCACUCCUCCACUUGCCCUCACUUGAGUUACAAGCUCACGUUACUGAGCUCGGCCAAAGUCCUUCAAUACUUAAAAAAAUCUUGGUUGCAGUCCCCCACGGCCAUCCAUUCUUGAUCCAAAUCCAACGCACCAACUACAACAAAACAAAGGUACAAUAUGGGACAGAGACAUAUCCUGUUUGGUUUCAUGAGUUGAUCCAAGGCCCUAUCGCGCGGAUUACAACUACACCAAUGUACUUCACUCGUGGAUAUGCUUUUCAUGUGAAAGCUCAUGGUCAAAAUCGGACAACACCAAACUUUGGUAUUUUAGUUAGUGGCGAAACAGGUUACUACGGAGUGCUGCAGGAAAUCAUAGAAGUAAAAUAUCCUGGGUUGGUUAAUUUGAAGUGCAUAUUAUUCAAAUGUGAUUGGUACGAUCCUGUUAUCGGCCGCGGUGUGAGGAAAAACAAUCUCGGCGUUGUUGAUGUCAAUGCAUCUCGAAGGUAUCAAAGAUUUGAACCUUUCAUCCUUGCCGCUCAAGCACAACAAGUUAGUUUCAUUCCAUAUCCGAAGAUUCGGCAAACUGGGUUAUCAUGGUUAUCUGUCAUUCAAAUUUCACCUAGAGGACGUAUUGUUGGAGUCUCUGAUGAAGUACCAUUACAAAACACACAAGGAGAGAUCCAUGUUCCAGAACAUGCACUAGAAAGCAUCAUACUUAUUGACCAGAACAAUCGGGAACUAGAAGAACCUGGUGAUUAUUCGGAAGUCGAAGAUGAAGUCUAUGAUGAGUUUGAUGAGGAUUCGGAAUCAUAUGAUAGUGGUUCUGAUGAUGAAGAUUGUGAGAAUUAAUAUGAUUGUAUCUUUCUAUUAUGAAUAAUAAAGUUUGAAUUUUUUU